GGAAGCCUCUGCCCGCCCAGCCGCGCGCAUGCGCCAGAGGCUGGCGUCCGGCCGCGCCUCGCGGUGGCCGCCGGGAACGGAUGGCGCGCCAGCGGGAAUGCGCGGUUAGUGUCGGGGUCGCCGGCCAGGGGGGCGCCGGGCCGCCGCACCGCAGUUGAAUUGUGAGUAUUUUGAAUAUGAGGUACAUCUGAAGCUACAUUGGAAUUAUUGGAUCCUGUUUUUGAGGUGAAGAAGAAAAGUGGAUCAACCUCUCCUGGAGUGUCAGACACACGUCUCAGCCAUGGAUCAGUCUAACAACGGCCUGCCCCCCUAUGCACAGGGAUUAUCAUCACCACAAGGUAUCAUGACACCAGGAAACACCAUAUUUAGUCCAAUGAUGCCAUAUGGCACUGGCUUGACUCCACAGCCUGUCCAAAGCUCCAAUAGCAUAUCUCUCUUGGAAGAGCAGCAAAGACAGCAACAACAAGCAGCACAGCAGUCCACAACAUCUCAACUAGCAACACAAGUUACUUCCAAUCAACCGCCACAGCUCUUUCAUUCACAGACAAUGACCACAACUAAUUUACCGGGCAUCACAUCUCAUUAUGCCUCACCAAUGACUCCCAUGACGCCCAUAACUCCAGCUACUCCUGCUUCUGAGAGUUCAGGAAUUGUACCACAGCUACAAAAUAUUGUGUCCACUGUCAAUCUGGGUUGCAAACUGGAUCUGAAGACAAUAGCUCUUCGAGCAAGAAAUGCUGAAUAUAAUCCAAAGCGUUUUGCUGCAGUCAUCAUGAGAAUUCGGGAACCUCGUACAACUGCACUUAUUUUCAGCUCUGGGAAAAUGGUGUGUACUGGCGCAAAGAGUGAAGAACAGUCAAGAUUGGCUGCAAGGAAAUAUGCCAGAGUUGUACAGAAGUUGGGAUUUCCAGCCAAGUUUCUGGAUUUUAAAAUUCAGAAUAUGGUAGGCAGCUGUGACGUGAAAUUUCCUAUUCGACUAGAAGGGCUGGUGCUCACUCAUCAGCAGUUCAGCAGUUAUGAACCAGAGCUGUUUCCUGGAUUAAUCUACCGUAUGAUCAAGCCAAGAAUUGUAUUACUAAUAUUUGUGUCAGGAAAAGUUGUAUUGACAGGUGCUAAGGUUCGUGCGGAAAUCUAUGAAGCAUUUGAAAACAUCUAUCCGAUUUUGAAAGGUUUCAGGAAGACAACAUAACUUUACUCUCAAGUACAUUCUACUCUGAAGGACCGUUUCUAUUGCCUGUUGCCUUGCAUACUCCUACAGUUGAAGGUGUUUCCUGCUGGUGUUCCAAUGCCGCAUUUACAUGGGGUUAUUCAGACUUAUUAUAUGCAAUGAUUUUGGAGUAAAUAUCAGUACCUUUAAACUACAGUACCAAUCUAGUCACCCUAUGACAGCAGUUUUUUUGCUUUAAAAUCAUUGUCAGGACCCGAACGCUCUAUUACUUGGAAUUUUAUCAACCGAUAGAACAUUUUGUUUUGCAUGUUAUUUAUAUUGAACUUUUUAUAAAAUGUAAGCCAUGUAAAUGUAUCUUAAAAUAUUUGAAGCAUAAUUUUUAACUCAAUUUUACUUGAAUAUAUCCUGCUUUUUCAAGCAUGAUCAAAGAUUGUGAACUGAAUUGUCAAGCAAUUUACAACUGAGAUUUUUAGAUUAAAAAUUUUUCCCCAGUCAAUUCAUUCGUAAAAUUUACUAAUGACAAACUUGUGUUGAGACUGACUAUUUGAGGUGGUGAUGAUAGGUUCUUUGAAGCUAAGUGAAACAUUUCACAGCAAACAGUGAUAACUAAAACUUCCCUCUUCCAUCAGUGGGGUGAUGGGUUGAAACCUUUGGUCAUCCACUUUUGUAGGUUAUGUACUGGCUCAGAUGGGAGCAACUGUCCUCCAAGUCAGAAGCUUGGUGGCAUACUCAGGUGUACAUCAAAGAUCCAAUAGUAUUAUUUCAGAAAAAAGCAGGAAUAUUCUCCAUGCUGUACUGGUCAACUAAUACUCAAAAAAAACAACAAAUUAGUUGAUCAUUGUUACGUUGUUUUUGGGAGCAGCUCUGUGUAAAUUGCCUACAACAGUAUGUCAUUUGAGGUACUUCAUUGGUUGUAAAAUGCUUUAAGGUUUCCUAAAGUGAAAGGAAUUUUUUUAUAAAAAUUUAAUUUUGAAACUUUUAAUUACUCCUAAAACAAGGUGUUAUAAUUUGUUUUAAUCAAUGGCUUUCAAACAAUAAUGAGGUAAAUAACUAGGAAAUCUGUUUAGAUUUUUUCGAUUGAGGGAUAAAUGUUAACCAGCUCACAAAUGAGAGCUGAUUGCUCUUUGUAUAGUGUCAUGGGGUCUUCCUCCUUCAACCCAAAAGGAAGGCAUGGUCUGAGUUUAGCAACUCAUUAGAAAACUAGUACUUCUGACAGUGCAUCCUUCCCUCUGUUCUGUACUGAUUUGUCAGCCCAGAUUACAUGUUCAAAUUUCAAGGGUGGAACUUGCAUCCAGAACCUCCAGAUUUUAUU